UCAGAGCGCUUCCUGUUCCUGGAGCUGCGCGUGCCCAGCUGCGCGCCAGGUUACUCUUGUCUGUGCUGAACAGCAGUGCACAGAGGACCAGGAGAAUAAGGGACGUGUCCAGAGUGAGGUUGAUGGAGACGGGCUGAAUGGACUAACAAUAGAUACCAGGAGAGCUACAUGGCCAGCUCCCAAGAGACACGGAAACAGCUUGGUGUUGGGCGCUCCGGCACAGACCUCCGACUUCCCUUUUCUCACCAGCACAGAGAGAUCUUUCCUCUGUGUUUGUUGAGUUGCUUUGGUGGUAGCCAGUUGGCCCCCUUUCCUCUCCCCCUCCACAAUGGUGAGGUGGUUUCACCGUGACCUGAGUGGGCUGGAAGCUGAAGCCUUGCUGAAGGGACGGGGUGUCCAUGGGAGCUUUCUAGCCAGGCCCAGUCGGAAGAAUCAGGGAGACUUUUCUCUUUCAGUUCGGGUUGGUGACCAGGUAACUCACAUCCGUAUCCAGAAUACCGGGGAUUUCUAUGACCUGUAUGGAGGGGAGAAGUUUGCCACCUUGUCAGAACUAGUGGAGUACUACACGCAGCAACAGGGUUCAUUGCAGGACAAAGAUGGAACCAUCAUUGACCUGCGGUACCCGCUCAACUGCUCUGACCCCACUACAGAAAGGUGGUACCAUGGCCAUCUGUCUGGCCCUGCAGCUGAGUCACUGCUCCAGACCAAGGCCACCCCUUGGACCUUCUUAGUGCGGGAGAGUCUCAGCAAACCUGGGGAUUUUGUCCUGUCUGUUCUGACUGACCAACUUAAACCUGGGUCCGAUGCUGCAUCAGCUGGGACAACCAGUGCCUCUGGGCCCCGGCUCAAAGUCACCCACAUCAAGAUCAUGUGUGAGAAUGGACGCUACACAGUUGGAGGUGCUGAAGUGUUUGACAGCUUGGCAGAGCUGGUGGAGCAUUUCAAGAAGACUGGGAUUGAGGAGGUUUCCGGCUCCUUUGUGUACCUAAAGCAGCCCUACUACGCUACUAGGGUGAAUGCUGCUGACAUUGAGAAUAGAGUGCUGGAGCUGAACAAGAAGAUUCUGGCUGAGGAAACAUCCAAGGCUGGAUUCUGGGAGGAAUUUGAUAGCCUGCAAAAACAGGAAGCCAAGCACCUGUAUGACCGUCAUGAAGGUCAGAGACCUGAGAACAAGAGCAAGAACCGGUACAAGAACAUCUUGCCCUUCGAUCACUCCAGAGUCAUCCUCCAAGGAAGGGAUCCAAAGAUCCCUGGAUCUGACUAUAUCAAUGCCAACUAUGUCAAGAACAACCUGAUCAGCCCAGAUGAAUGCACCAAGACCUACAUUGCCAGCCAAGGCUGCCUGGAUGCCACAGUCAAUGACUUCUGGCAGAUGGUGUGGCAGGAGAACACGCGCAUUAUUGUGAUGACCACACGGGAAGUAGAAAAAGGACGGACCAAAUGUGUGCCCUACUGGCCAGAGGUGGGCAGCACAAAAGAAUAUGGUUCCUACCUUGUGGAGAAUGCUGGGGAACACGAUGCAUUGGAGUACAAACUCCGGCAACUCUGUGUGUGGCCGAUAAAUGACGGUAAGACUACACGUGAGAUCUGGCACUACCAAUACCUGAGUUGGCCUGACCAUGGCGUUCCCAGUGAACCAGGAGGAGUGCUCAGCUUCCUGGAUCAAAUCAACCAGAAGCAGGAGAGUAUCCCAAAUGCUGGGCCUAUUCUGGUGCAUUGCAGUGCUGGGAUUGGCCGCACCGGGACUAUCAUCGUCAUUGAUAUGAUAGUGGAAACAAUCUCCACCAAGGGGCUGGACUGUGACAUCGACAUCCAGAAGACCAUCCAGAUGGUGAGGGCCCAGCGCUCAGGGAUGGUGCAGACAGAGGCCCAAUACAAGUUCAUCUACAUGGCCAUUUGCCAGUUCAUAGAGACCACCAAGAAAAAGCUGGAAGUCAUCCAGGCUCAGAAAGGGAAGCCCAACGAGUCUGAAUAUGGCAACAUCACCUACCCGCCCGCUGUGAGGAACAUGCAUGCCAAGGCCACACGAAAAACCUCCAAGCAGAAAGAGGAGUCAACGGUUUAUGAGAACUUGGGGAAGAAGGAGGAGAAGGUGAGGAAACAGCGCUCCUCAGAGAAGAAACUGAAAGGUUCACUAAAGAAAAAAUAAACAUAAGUUGCAGGUAGCCCCUUGAGGUUUUGAACCUGGGGUACAGGACUGGAGCUCAUGUCCAGGCUACCUUGUCUCACAUCCCUCUCUUGGACUGGAACUAGACCUUCUGUGUUUCUUCCAUGCAAUCUUUCAAUGCUAUGAACCAUGCUGCUUUCCAGCUCAGCUGACUGCCCUCUUUAUCCCUUGCCUGGGCAGGCCAGCUAAGUCUCCCCCUGCCCCUUCAUCACUCAUUAACAGGAAAAAUCACAUCCCGUCUUUCCAUUUCUCUCUGAGCACUGGAGGCCAGACUCACCUCUGUUGUGUCAGCUUCAGCUCCUGCUCUUCUAGCAGAAAGAACUUUAUAGGAGCUACAUCUCCACCCACUGCUGUGAGUUGGGGUUUAGCCUGUUUGUGUUCUGGCUCCCUGAAGCCUCAUCUUUUAAAGUCUGGCAUUUUGGCUACUUCCAACUUGUCAGUGAUUCAACAGAAAACUUCCUUUUUCCUUAACCCUAACCCUCCAUACCAUGUUCUUUUGUCUGUCUGCUCCUUGGAUAAUGUAAAUAUACUAGAAUUUGAUAUGAUGGCUAUGUUUUCUUCUUUGUCUGUAAAUAAAUGUGUAUUUGUUUGAA